UGCCUGGUAGAAGUUUAAUACCUAGAUGUGGAGCGGCUGCGCAUACGCAUGGGGCUGUGAGUGGUGCCGAUGGUACCGGGCUCGUCUUCGUCUGUUCCUUUCUCUAUCCAAUUUUGAGGACCUGGUCUGUUGCACCAGAAUGCGUCAGCACUCGCAGGCAUUGACAAACAUUGGAUGAGUCGUAUUUCUGAUAUAUCUGAAGAUGGCAAGUAGUGGGAGUAGCACUAAGGAGGUUAAACAACUGCUGAAGAAUGCCAGAGAAGCAAUAAGGAACAAGGAAUACAAAGAAGCACUCAAGCAUUGCAAGUCUGUGCUUAAGCAAGACAAGAACAACUACAAUGCCUUGGUGUUUGUUGGUGUAGCAGCAGCUGAGUUAGACCAACCAGACCAAGCAGUUGCUGCCUACAAGAAAGCUAUUGAGACUGACCAGCAACAACCUCUAGCUUGGCAGGGUUUAGCUGGGUUCUAUGAGAAAAGCCAGAAUCCUGGCCAUCAGCCAGAACUGGCCGAUGUUUAUAGUCAGCUGAGAGAGUUGUUGAAAACCAAGGAACCCAAGAAAUGGCAGGAAGUUUCAGAGAAACUGGCAAGACUACACUGUGAGCUGGGUGACAUACAACAGGCUGUUCAGGUUUUACGAUCCAUCAUCCAAUCAAAAGAGAUGGAAGACCCAUCAACAAGACUGGGAUAUUGGAUACAGCUUGCCAAUGCACUGGCUGGAGCCCAGGAGUUGCCGGAUGAGUAUGUCACACUGUUGGAGAGAGCUUACAAGACCAUCUUGAAAUCUGGGGAAGACAAACAGCAACACUUCUGCAGUUACAUCAAGUUCUUAACUAAGCGUAAUGAUAUCGGUGACGAACUUGUUAAGACUGAAUGCCUCAAGAUGCACGAGUUAUUUCCCUCUGAUCCAUAUCCUUUGACAAUCCUGGCAGGGAUUUAUCUGCAACAUUCCCCAGAAUGCCUUGAUCAAGUAGCAGUUUCUGUGUAUGAUAAACUACAAACCCUGGAUGAUGCGUCCACUGUAGCAUUACUUGGAAUAGGACAAGCUAGCCUGGCUAAAAAGGACUACCUGCUUGCAAGGGACAGGCUGCAACAAGGUCUUAAGGGAAGCAGAAAGAGUGUGCAUGGUUGGCUGUAUCUUGCAAGGGCCCAACUUGGUCUCCAUGACAACCAGGCAUCAGUAGAAUCUACUCAUGAAGGUAUGAAAGCAUUAACUGGUAACAAGAAGCUGGCAGCUUCUCGUCUCAAGAGGGAGCUUCUAAUGGUUCAAGCUGAUGCUCUCCUGGAUGCAGGAACUCUGACUCAGACGCAGAAAGCUCUGCAGAUCUAUGAAAAACUACUUGAACAAACAGAAGAUUCACUCCAGCUUGGUAUAACCUGCGGAUUAUGUACGUCACUUCUGAUCCUUGGGAAUACAGAGAAGGCAGAUGAGAUUUAUAAAAGAGCACUUCUCAUUGAUGCUAAUGAUAGUAGGGUGAUAGCACUCCAAGGCCAGAUCUUCAUCAACCAAAAACAACUUGAUAAAGCAGAGCAGAGGUUUAUACAGGCACUAGAAGGAGCGCCUGACUGUGGACUGUUUCAUUUAUGGCUGGGGAAGGUGUACUGGCAGAUGGGAAGACAAACAAGAACUGAUAGGUCUAAGAUGCUUGCAUCAUUGUUGAAGGCAGCGAAAUUGGACCCAUACUAUUCAGACACGUUUCUUUACCUGGGACAUUUCUACUGGCAAGUUGCUGGAGAUAAAAGUAAAGGGAGAAAAUGUUACCAGAAAUCCUAUGAGUUGAACCCCCAGAAUGAAGUAGCAGCCGCAGCUCUUGGGGAUGCUUGCAUUGAGCUUGGAGAAGAGGAUGCAGCCCUGCAGCUGUAUAGAAACGUGACUAAAGCUGCUGCAGCAGGGACAGCCAAAUGGGCAUGGUUGAGGCUGGGGUUGUAUUACCACAAACAGGGCAGCUGCAACGAUGCUGUGGCAAGCUUUCAAGCAGCACUAAGAGCUGAUCCUAAAGACAGGCAUAUCUGGGAGUGUUUGGGAGAUGCAUACAUGAGUAGAGGCAGCUACACAGCUGCCUUAAAAGCUUUCUCCAGAGGUGUAGAGCUGGACCCCAAUGCCAAAUACUGCUUAUUUCAAAUUGCUGCCAUCAAGCAGACACUUGAGGCCUAUGCAGAAGCUGUGACUGAGUACCAAGUCAUCUUGGAUAGUGACCCAGACUAUAUUCCUGCCCUUAAAGGUCAGGGAGAGACCUAUGUCCGUCUAGCCCGAUCCUCUCUGCAUCAAUACUUCAAUGGCAGGGUUGUGGACUACAUCAAAUUAGCCAUCCAGGUCUUGGCUCGAGCUGCCUCCUUGCGUCCUGAUCUGAGCUGUGUCUGGAAGCUUCUAGGUGAUGCCUGUACAAUGCUGCAUCCCCUCAGUGAUAAACUGAUCAGUGUGCAGGUACCAACUAAUUUAUUGGACCAUUCAUUCCAUGGGGAGGCUUCUCAGAACAAGAAGCAGUUACUGUGCAUUGGAGCCAGGUGUUACGGUCGAGCCUUGCAUCUACAGAGCAGCUGUGCUUCUCUGUGGCAUGAUCUGGGUCGCAACUAUUACUACCAGUCACUCAGUGACUUAAACAACUCAGCACAGCUGGCUGUCAAGGCUCUGCAGUGUCUUAAAAAAGCUGUGGUUGUGGACAGCACAAACCAUAAUCACUGGACAGCACUGGGAGUCAUAGCAGCUGGCAAAGAUGUGGACAACCCUGCUUUAGCACAGCAUGCUUUUAUCAAGUCCAUACAAGUAGAAGCUAAUAAUGUGGUGGCCUGGACCAACCUGGGUGCCCUGUAUCUCACUAAAGGCAACAUGGAGUUAGCCCAUCAAGCCUUCAAGAUCUCUCAAUCUCUAGAACCAAGCUAUGUCAACUGCUGGAUUGGUCAGGCCUUGGUGGCAGAAUCAUCGGUUCCAGAAGAAGCCAUGGAUUUGUUUCGACAUACAACAGAGCUAGCAACUCAUAGUGAAGGAGCUAUUGGCUAUGCCCACUGGGUCUGCCAAACUCUUUUGGAUCCCUCUCUUGAUAAGACCUCAGAGCGCUAUCGUUACAACAUUGUCCAGAUGGAUGCUGUCUCCAUGGCAACAGUUGGCCUGGAUAAGGUCACAGAUCGGAUCCAAAAUGAUGCAUGUGCCUACACAAUGUAUGGACUUCUGCUUGAACGGCAAGGUUUGCACAAAAGUGCUGAAAAAGCAUUUGCAAGGGCAUUGGAGUUGGUUCAUGAUACUCGGGACCAAGAGAGGUUAAACCUAGCUAAGGCCAAUCAUGCUAGAAGUCUCUGCUCUGUUGGCCACUAUGAAGAGGCCAUCAAGCAAUUUCAAGGCAUCACUCCUCUUAUUCGGCUAGAAGAGAUCUGCAAUCUAGCUCUAGCCCUCUACAAGACAGGGAACAUGCAGGCUAGCUACCAGGCUUAUGAGCAAGCCCUGCAAUUGGCUGGCGAUGGUGGGCUCAGAUCCCAGUUACUGACUUGUCUAGGCAUGGUGGCAUUUCAGUGUGGGGAUAGCAACCAGGCUAAAACACUACUCUUCCAAAGUUCCCAGGAGUCAGAGCCAGCACCCGAGGGUCUCCUAGCUCUCCUAGCUUUAGGUGUGCACCAGGAAGACAUGACACUAGCCACAGCUGCUGUGGCUGAACUUCAGAAAUUGAAAGACAAGCAUGGCUUUGUAGCGGAUGUGGCCUUUGCUGGGGCUGUGCUGUAUGCUCUUCAGGGUCAAUUUCACCUUGCCUGCAGACAGGUUACCAAAGCAACAGGAAGACAUCCUGGUUUAUCUGAGUUGUGGCGGCUUAUGGCAGAGGUCAUUCUCCAACUUCUUCCUCAAAAGGCCAAGGCAGCCAUUGUCUGUAGCCAUGCUUCCCUCCAGGACAAAGAGAUAUCCAAGGAGUCAGUGUCAACAUAUGCCUUGGCCACCCUAGCAGUUGGUCAGCAUGGUCAAUUAAUUCCUGCCAACCAGCGAUGUCUUAGUGCUGCACAGAAAUCUGUUCAUAUCUACCCUGACUCUCUUGAGAACUGGGCAGCCUUGAGUGCCAGCUACCUCUCUCAUGGUAUAUGGAACGCCACCCAGAACAAUAAACAACAUGAUGAUUCAAACAACUUGGCUUCCAAGCUAGCUACAUUUGUUCAGUCAUGGGCUGAGAAGUGUGGUAAUUCAGCCAUUCAGCAGUGGGCGGGGCUUCAGGUGGUUGUCAGCUUAAUGCAUGAGGGCAGGCUACAAAGGGCUGAUGCACUCACUAGGAAGUUAGAGGUCAUUUAUCAGUCUCAACCAGACAUCAAGUCAGCCUUACAGCUCCUCCAAGCCCAGGCUGUCUGCAUGCAGCAUGUCUCUAGUCAGAGCAUUGAGUUACUCAGGACUGUCAUCUCAAGAACAAGUUACCAAUCAUUAGCAGCUUGGCAGUUGCUGGCCAAGCUGUAUGAGCAGGAAGGUAUGGUGGCGGCAGCAGAGUCUGCCUACAGACAGAGUCUAGUACACUCACAUGGACAGCAGCUUGUACCGUUACUCAGACUCGCCCAUCUGGCUCUCAGAGCAACUAAGGCAAGCAAUGAGGAACACUGGGCCGCUCUGGUCCUUGAGGCCACUAAUGAGGCAUUGAAGUUACAACCAACAUGUCCUAUAGCAUUAUUACUACAAGGACUCCUACACCAGCAUAAAGGCAAUACAAGGCAAAGCAAGAAGUGUUUCCAGCAGGUGCUUGAGAUGUCCAGAGGAGACCAGAUGAACUUAGCAAGGUCUGUAGCUAGAUAUCACAUGAUGCAACACUAUGCCAGCAAGAAAGAUGCAAACACUGCCCAGAUCUUGGUUGAAGAAGCCAUUCAAGAGCAGGAUCCCAACCUUCAUCUUCUCCAGGAGCUUGUCCCAUCAGCAUGAAAUCCUUGCUUGACAUGAUAACGGUGAUUUGCUUGUAAUAGGGUACUCUCUGGCAUAUGGAUACCGGUACAUUAUUUGGAGAAAUGGUUUUAGAUGUGGGUGUAUGUCAGAGAAGUGCAUCGUGCAAACAGAGUCAGUUCUUGAAGUCAGUGAACAGCCAUUCCUUUUUUUUUUUUUGCACCUGCCUGAGACAAUUUUCACAGUAGUGCUGAUUUACAGGAAUAGCAUUUGCAUUCCUGUGUGACUCACAGUUGUGGAUGAAUUUCAAAAGGGGUACAAAGUCUAAGGGAAUUUAUCAAACCUUGGCUUCCUUAGCGUCGGCUUCAGUUGUAUGAAUUUAGUCCCUCAUCCCUGCAGCUCGUUACAUAGAUGGUUUUAGCCACAGAAACCUCAAGCUUUUUUUCAUUUUGAGUAUUUUAGUUGUAUGCAAAAGUAAAUAGUUAAUGUUUUUGCAGCUUCAAAGCUGAGAGGCCAGAGUGGAAAAUGGCUCACAAGUUGGACAAAUACUGUCACAUAGACUGUCCUAAUGCAGUGUUAGCUCAGUGCAUGCUUUGAUUUGAUUGUAGUCUGGCCAUACAGCCAAUUUUUCUGAAUUACGGGCCUGCUAUUUGUACUACCUGUGAGUGAAGGCUGUCAGGUCACUUGGCUACGGGGGGGAAAUUACGGACAAGUCUAUGGCAGUGGCAGAGGCCAAUUCCCAUUAAGUCAUGUGUAAAUUCCGGCCGUAGCCAAGUGAUUCAGACACAGCCAUAUGAUAGACUUACUUGAAGACACCGGGAUAAUCUGUGCUUCAUUGCAUGCUCUAAAACACUGUAACAAUCAUAUUAGAGAAAAAGCACCGACUCCAGAGAAUUGAUGCGUCUAAUGCCCGAGCUACAGAUGAGGGCACUAUCAAUGGUCCAUUCUCCUGAGCCAGUUUGCAAAGCAUGUAUUUAUUUCAUUCAAAAUACCUUUUGUUUUUAAAACACCUCUAUAGCAAUUUUAUAGUAUGUUCCUCUUGCAAGCAAUGAUAAAACAAUCUUUGUCUAGAUUAACCACUUGCUGCCAGUUGCCUUUGGAAAUGCAGUUUUUAAAGCGGGCAAUUUUUAAUACAUAUCUUCGGUUUUCAAAAAUCAUCAAAAAUUCAUCUCUUUUUGUCCUGAAUGCCCAAACCCCAUCGAGUGACUGUCUGGUUAUUCUAAUCUGACAGACAACAUCUAUUGAUGCCCAAGUAUUUCAGCCAGAC